AUGGAGAUUAGGCUUGUCGCCUGCGAGCGUAUGUCAGGGACACAACGCUCGAAAAGGACUCCAUUGAGUUUGUGCUUCGUGAAGCAGCCUGUCUGCAAUGGAGAUGAGGCUUGUUGCCUGCGAGCGUAUGUCAGGGACACAAUGCUCGAAAAAGACUCCAUUGAGUUUGUGUUUCGUGAAGCAGCCUGUCUGCAAUGGAGAUUAGGCUUGUCGCCUGCGAGCGUAUGUCAGGGACAAAAUGCUCGAAAAAAGACUCCAUUGAGUUUGUGCUUCGUGAAGCAGCCUGUCUGCAAUGGAGAUUAG